GUCACACACUUAUUUUCGGUGUGUAGUCAUAAGGGAAGUUGUUUUUUGCUCAAAUUUGCUCCUUAAAUUGUCCGGCGAAACCAGAAUAUCUGGUUCCGGUCAAAGUAAGGGUAUCAAUGACCGUCUCACUGGAGCUAAAACUAUUCUCAUGCGGAUACUUCUUGUGAAGAUUAAGGAAUGGAGGUGGUGGAAAGUCCUCUUAACCUCGCCCACCAACAAUGCAGGAAAGCAGAUCGCCUACUGGCAGCUGGGAAAUAUGAAGAAGCCAUAGUGUGUCACAGGAAAGCAGCAGAUCUCCUGAAGGAUGCCAUGAAGCUCACAGAAUGUGAACAGGCCCGCCUGUCUCUGGAGCUGCAGAGGGACAGUCACGUGAAACAGCAGCGCCUCAUCGAAGAGAAGUGGAAGCGCUCCAGACGGGAGGCCAAGCCCAGGGUCCUCCUGCCCGCGUCUUCCAGCGCCACCAAUGCCGACCAACAGCAGCAGUGCCCACACCUCAGCGCCUCCCAGCUCCCACUCUCACCCGCGCUGGAUCCUACGCAGGUGCCCGAGGGGGAGUAUGACACCUGGCUGUACCUGCUGAAGCACAAGGGCACCCCGCGGGGAGCGCCCGACACCUGUCCCACGGGCAGCAAGGCGCAGAAGGAUGACAAGACGCGGCUGGAGGAGCAGGAGACCACCAUCGUACAGUUGCGCCGGCUGGUCGACAAUCUGUUGGGCGAGAACGAGCAGGUGAAGCGCGAUAACGACACGCUGCGCGCAGAGAACGAACGCCUGCGCCGCCGCGAACGAGAGCGCGAACGAGAACUCGAGCGGGAGCGCGAGCGCAACAACCCGGAGGAGCCGGACGACGCCGACUUCGUGGAGCGCUCGGAUCUGUGGGUGCUGCCACGGCAGCCGUCGGCCGAGGAGCGCAAGGCCAAGGACAUUCCCAUCCCCCAGCUGCCGCCUCUGGAGAUGCCCACUCAGGAGAUCCCGCUGGAGGAUCUGCCGUCGCUGGAGCUGCCCGAGGACAUCCAGCACGAGCUGCAGGAGAUCCUGGACGGGGAGAAACUCUGAGCAGCAUGGAGGGAGGGAGGGAGGGAGGUCAUAUAUAGAGAGAGCUUGGUUAUGGGAGGAAUGACUCCACCCAUGGAUGUGGAGAGAGAUGGGCAGGGGAGUAGAGAGAGGGGAGAGGCUGUCUAUUUGAGUCAUCACCACACACGGUGAGAGAGAGAGAGAGAGAGAGAGAGAGAGAGAUAUGGACGGAC